AAGUUUGAGAAACACUGGAAGAUACUAUGUCUCCCAGAAGGCUUUGGGUCUGGAAAAGAAAGAAUGCCAGGCGUGGGAAGCCCCACAAUGCAACGGGCUCUUGCUUUCUCCCCUGAGUCCUCCUUAUCAGGGCAGGAAGUGGAGGAGGAAAAACAAGGGGUUUGCAAUAGGACUUUAGAGGGGAAAGCCUUUCUGUGAAGGCUGCACAUAGGGCAAGACCGAGGUCGCUUUCAAGGUGUUCUUUGGGAGCUCAUCUCAGAAGAGAAGCUGCAGCUGAAUUGUGUAACGGAUGAAUGUGGGUGAGAAGCAGGAAAGAGAAGAGUCAUAGAAUCUUUGGGCUGGAAGGGUUCCCGAGGGUCAUCUAGUCCAACCCCCUGCAAUGCAAGAAACUCAGCUAACGCAUCCAUGACAGAUGGCCAUCCAACCUCUGCUUAAAAACUUCCAAGGAAGGAGAUUCUGCAACCUCCCGAGGGAGACCGUUCCCACGGUUGAACAGCUCUUAUUAUCAGAAAGUUCUUUCGGUGGUAAAAAGAGGCGGCCCCACAUCCGUCGUGAUCCUCCGCCAAGCCGUCAGUUGAAAACCAAGGAGAAUGACGCAGAAGUGUCUUCCCCUGGGAGCGAUGUUAUUGCUGGAGCACUCCUACUGUCGCCCAGCCAGUCCAGCAGAUGACACCAGCAGAAAAUAUACCUGCCCCAUCUGUGGCGAGUGCUUUGCCUCCACGUUGGCUCUUGACAGACACCAGAGAAUCCACACAGGAGAGAAGCCCCAGAACGGCAGUGAGAGUGGGGAAUGUUUUGGUCAGAGUUCAGGGCUUUUGAGCCACCAAAGUACCCGCCAAAGAAAAAAACCCCAUAAGUGUGCAGAGUGUGGGGAAACGUUUUCUCAUCGAUCCGUCCUUGUGCUCCAUCGGAAGGUCCAUGCAGCAGACAACUGCUACAACUGCCGGAAGUGUGGAGAGAAACAUUCCCGACUCUCGGAUUUUGUGAAGCAUCUCAGAGCCCACGCAAAAAUAAAACCGUACAAAUGCUUGGAGUGUGGGAAAUGUUUCCCUCAGGAUUUACAGCUUUCUGAACACCAGAGAGUCCACACAGGAAAUAAACAACACAAAUACUUACAGUCUGAGACAAGCUUUUCUAGACGGCGGCAACUGGUGAGACGUCAGCAGAUCUAUAAGGGGGGUAAACCCUAUAAGUGCAUGAAAUGUGGCAAAUUGUUUGCUCAGCACACUGUCCUUGUGAUCCAUCGGAAGGGCCACUCGGGAAAUAAACCAUAUAAAUGCUUGGAGUGUGGGGGAAAUUUCCCUAGCCGAUCAGUUUUUGUGAAACAUCAGAGAAUCCACACAGGGCCCCACAGAUGUGAUGGGUGCGGGAAAAGUUUUCUCUGGAGAUCACAGCUUCUUGUACACCAGAAAAUCCCCACAGGACAGAAAUGCCACAAAUGCAAUGAUUGUGAGUCAUCCUUCUCUUGUAGGCCACAACUUGUUAUUCAUCAGCGAACCCAUUCAGGAGAAAAGCCUCAUAUGUGCUUGGAGUGUGGGAAAUGCUUCCCCACAAAGUCAGAUCUUGUUCAACACCAGAUAAUCCACCCAGGAAAGAAACCCUAUCAAUGCACAGAGUGUGGGAAAUGUUUUAUUGAUAAAUCUGCCCUUUUGAGCCAUCAGACGGUUCACAGUGGAGAGAGGCCCCAUAAAUGUGCGGAGUGUGGGGAAAGGUUUGUUUCGCUGUCAGAACUUGAAAUCCAUCAGGGAAUCCACACAGGAGAGAAACCCUACAAAUGCAGGGAAUGUGGAAAAUGCUUUGCCGGCCUAGCAGACCUUGAUGAACACCAGAGAGUGCACACAAUAAAGGGGCCUUAUGAAUGUAGAGAUUGUGGGAAAUGUUUUUCUACUUCAUCACAUCUUAAUAGACAUAAAAAAGGCCACCCAGGAAAGCCAUAUAUAUGUUUGGAAUGUGGAAUGAUAUUUUCUCAUUCACAUACCCUUAAGGGGCACCAGAAAAAGCAUACGGUAAAUAGAUGCCAUGAAUGCUUGGAAUGUGGGAAAUGUUUUUCUAGGAGAGAGGGUCUUGUGACUCAUCAGAGAAUCCACACAGGGGAGAAGCCCUACAAAUGCUCAGUGUGUGGGAAAUGCUUUUCAAGGAGAGACAGUCUUGUAAAACAUCGGAGAGUCCACCCAGGUGAGAUAUCCUAUAAAUGCACAGAGUGUGAGGAAUGUUUUACCAGUGAAUCACAGUUUAUCAUCCAUCAGAAAAGCCAUGCAGUAAAGAAACCCUACAAAUGCACGGAAUGUGGAAAAGUCUUUACCAAGAGUAAGAACCUUCGUAGACACGAGAGAAAUCAUACUCAUUUGGAACCCUACAAAUGCGUGGAAUGUCGAAAACGCUUUGCCAGCCUGGCAGACCUUGAUGAACACCAGAGAGUGCACAUAGGAGAGGGGCCUUAUAAAUGUGAAGAUUGUGGGAAAUGUUUUUCUGCUUCAUCACAUCUUAUGAGACAUAAGAGAAUUCACCCAAGAAAGCCAUAUAAAUGUUUGGACUGUGGAAUGAUAUUUUCUCAUUCACAUACCCUUAAGGGGCACCAGAAAAAGCAUACGGUAAAUAGAUGCCAUAAAUGCUUGGAAUGUGGGAAAUGUUUUUCUAGGAAUCACUGCCUUGUGCUUCAUCAGAGAACCCACACAGGGGAGAAGCCCUACAAAUGCUUAGAGUGUGGGAAAUUCUUUUCGAGAAGAGACGGUCUUCUGAAACAUCAGAGAAUCCACACAGGAAAGAUAUUCCAUAAAUGCACAGAGUGUGAGGAAUGUUUUGCUAGCGAAUGGCGGCUUAUGAUCCAUCAGAAGAGCCAUGCAGGAGAUAAACCCUACAAAUGCACAGAAUGUGGAAAAUUAUUUACCAAGAGUAAGAACCUUCGUAGGCAUGAGAGAAAUCAUAAUAAAUCGGAACCGUAGAAAGCAUAUCUCAUAAUCCCUUGGACAAUCAAUACAGGAGACAAGCCCUACAAAUGCUUGGAGUGUGAAACAUGUUUUUCUGAAAAGUUGGAGCUUCUUAUACCCAAGAGAGUCCACACAGGAGAGAGGCCUUACCAGUGUGUAGUGUGUGGGAAAUGUUUCUCACAGAGAAACCUUAAAAAACACCAGAGACUCCAUAAAGAAUAGAAAGCAUAUAAAUGUUGGGAGUGCGAGAAAUGUUAUUUAAAUAAGAUUUUGUUACAGAUUUUUAAUAAUACAAUAAGAUAAAAGAAACAAAUCUAAAUAAAAAACAGAAACAAAGAGAGACGGAUAAGAGAAAAUAGCAAAGGAAAACAACAAUAUAGAAGAAAAGAAAAGAGAAAACGACUUCUGAUUCUCCCAUCUGUUACAUAAAAUAAAUUAUUAAAAAUAUUCACCCUAGAAUGAUAUCCAACAGAUCUACUUUCUGUUAGGUAAUAUUUUUCCAGUCUUCUAUCCCAAAUGUAUCUGAUUAAUUCAUAUUCCUUUAUAAACAAAAAGUCCAAAAGGGGUUCUCUAAUUAUUGCUAUUAAUAAAUUUCAGCAAUCAUUUUUCUCUAAACAAACAUAUGAACUUUACCUCUAUUAACUUCAACCAUUCCUCCAUAUUAAAUGUUAAAAUGUCUUUCCAUCUUUGUCCACACAAGAGUUUAUUCUAUUUAUAUAUUAAAAUAGUAUGCCACAAUCCUUUUUUUAUUGUGUAUUCAUUAACUAAAUUUCCAGAUUGUAGACAGAGACCUUUCUCUCUCAACUCUGUCUCUGCUGGCUCAGGGUCUCUCUUCAUUUCUCCAUCCAUGGCUUCAUUCCACUCCUCCAACAUCACAAUUCUCCUUUUUCAUUCCUCUAAACACCUCUGCGAAGAGCUUUUCCAUUUUCUGGCAAUCCUUUAUCGAAAUUGCUCCCUGAAGUUUCUGUGUCCUCUUUGUUUCCAUUUUCCAUUUCAUCCUUCUCUCUCUCUCUUAGUUUUUAUUUGAUUUUUCAAAUACAGAUUUACAACAAAACCAAAUACAUUUUCAUAUACAGAGUUUUCUCCGAAUCUUGAGACACCCCCAUCCCCUCCAUGGGUUCUAAUGUCAGCGUUUUCAACUGCAUAUUAUAUCAAAUCUAUAUUUUAUAUCUAUCCACAUUAUCCAUAGAAUUUGUUACAUUACAAGUGAGAUUAAAAUCCUGCUAAUGUUUUCAUUUGCUUACAGUAGUCUCCUAAAUAAAUUAUAAAUUUCCCCCAUUCUUUCUUGAAGUUUUUGUCUUCUUGGUUCCUGAACUUUCCAGUCAGUUAUGCCAUUUUGGCAUAGUCCAACAGCUUGAUUUGCCAUUCUUCUCUGGGCUGUAUUUUGUCUUCGUUCCACCUCUAGGCUAGUAGCAUCUGUGUGGCUCUUGUCACAUGCAUAAAAGGUUUUCCUGCUAAUAAAAAAGCUUCUGUUUUUUUAUAUAUACAAAAGUUAUUUUAAACAUUUUUUUCAAUUCAUUAUAUAUCAUCUCCCAGAAAGCUUUUAUUACCUCACGCAGCCACCACAUAUGAUAAAAGGUACCUUCUUUCUCUUUACAUUUCCAGCGGGUAUUUGUACUGGUUCUAUACAUUGUUGCUAGCUUACUAGGAGUCAACUACCACCGGCACAUCAUUUUCAUAUAGUUUUCUUUCAGCCCUAAAUUUCAAAUCCGUUUUCCAUAACUUUUCCCAACCUGCAAUCUGUAUGCUGUGCCCCAAGUCCUUUGCUCAAUUUAUCAUUACAGAUUUGACCUGUUCAUCUCUUGUGUGCCAUUCCAAGAGCAAUCUGUACAAAAUAUACAUACAAAAAUGUAGCAUUAAAUCCUUCUCUAGUCCGCUUUUAUUCCCCAUUUAAUUAAACUCUGCUCUAAUCAUUUUUAUUUGCUCAUCAAGGAGGAUGCCAACAGUCACUGGAAUGCCCAGUGACAUGUUUGCCAUAAGGAAUGUGCUUGAUCUUAUUAACAAUUCAAUCUCAUUGUUGUUGUUUAGUUGUGUCCGACUCUUUGUGACCCCAUGGACCAGAUCACGCCAGGCCCUCCUGUCUUCCACUGCCUCUCGCAGUUUGGUCAGACUCAUGCUGGUAGCUUUGAGAACACUGUCCAACCAUCUCGUCCCCUGUCGUCCCCUUCUCCUUGUGCCCUCCAUCUUUCCCAACAUCAGGGUCUUUUCCAGGGAGUCUUCUCUUCUCAUGAGGUGGCCAAAGUAUUGGAACCUCAGCUUCAGGAUCUGUACUUCCAGUGAGCACUCAGGGCUGAUUUCCUUAAGAAUGGAUAGCUUGCAGACUCUCAAGAGUCUCCUCUAGCACCAUAAUUCAAAAGCAUCAAUUCUUCAGCGAUCAGCCUUCUUUAUGGUUCUGCUCUCACUUCCAUAUAUCACUACUGGGAAAACCAUAGCUUUAACUAUACGGACCUUUGUUGGCAAGGUGAUGUCUCUACUUCUCAAUAUGCUGUCUAGGUUUGUCAUUGCUUUUCUCCCAAGAAGCAGGUGUCUUUUAAUUUCGUGACUGCUGUCACCAUCUGCAGUGAUCAUGGAGCCCAAGAAAGUAAAAUCUCUCACUGCCUCCAUUUCUUCCCCUUCUAUUUGCCAGGAGGUGAUGGGCCCAGUGGCCAUGAUCUUCAUUUUCUUGAUGUUGAGCUUCAGACCAUAUUUUGCGCUCUCUUCUUUCACCCUCAAUAAGAGGUUCUUUAAUUCCUCCUCAUGUUCUUGUGUCAUCUGCAUAUUUGAGGUUGUUGAUAUUUCUUCUGGCAAUCUUAAUCUCAUUACAUCUGCCAUUUCCACCUUAAGAGCUUCAUAGCAGAAGGUAUGUUUUAUCAUAUGUGGUGGCAAUGCAAGGUUAUUAAAACUUUUUGGGAAAUGAUAUCUAAUGAAUAGAAUUUAAAAAAAAAAAACAACCUUUGUUUAAAAACCAGAAGCUUUUCUUUUAGGUAUUACAGGAAUGGAUAUACUGAAAGAAUAUAAGAAUCUGUUCAACAGCCGCACAGAUAUUGUUAGCCCAACAAUGCAAAGAAGAUUGGCAAAUGGAGUUAACUGAGUAUGCGGAAAUGGCCAAAUUAUCUGGGAAACUUAAAAAUCAAGAUGACCACAAAUAUUAAAAAGAACGGGAAAUGUUUAUUGCAUAUGUACAAAAGCAUUGUAGGGAAGUUAAUACAUUAGCAGGGUUUUAAAAACACUUGUAAGAUUAUGGAGAAUGUUUAAACUUGGAGGUAAUCAGAGAUAAAGACUUGAUUGACAUGCAUAAAUUGAGAUAACACAAGCAACCAGGGGGAAGGGAGUCAAUCCCAUAAUGUGGAUUUAAUACUAUGUGAAUACAGUUGUUUUAAAUCUUUUUUUCCAUUUUUAUCAUCUGUGAUAAUUUGGUUUAAUUGUGAAAAUUAAUAAAAAUAUCUAUUAAAAAAGAUACAGGUAGGUAGCCGUGUUGGUCUGCCGUAGUCGAAACAAAAUAAAAAUAAAUAAAAAAGAUCUGUGCAUGCACACAAAAGCUCA